AUGCCUCGACUUCCUCACUCUCUUUUGCUACGUGCUCGUAACAUCUCAUCAUUGCUACCAUUGGUCCUUCGAGGCGCCCGUUCCUUGGAUUCAGCGAUCAAUGAACUCCGUUGGUUACGAGAGCAUGUCGAAGAAAUAUGCGUAAACAAGCCAGAGGAGCAUUUUCAUAGGACGCUAUUCCGUCUUUGCAAAAGAAGAUCACGUGGAGAACCGUUACAAUACAUAUUGAGAUCGCAGCCAUUUGGUGACCUCGAUAUUGAGUGUAAACCUGGAGUUCUCAUCCCAAGACCAGAGACAGAGGCUUGUACGAUACAUUUGGCGGGGCUUUUGGUUCAAGAACGGCUCAGGCCUCUAACAGAGGGUACAAAUCAACGACCACGCCAAUCCGAUGCCCAAAGUUCGUUGAAAAUUGUGGACUUAUGUACUGGAACUGGCUGUAUUCCACUGCUGCUACAUUCUCAACUUACUCCCACGUUCAAGAGUAUUCGUUGUAUGGGUUGGGACAUUUCAAAAGACGCAGUGUCACUCGCAAGGGCCAAUCUGACUAGGAACGAGUUGUUGAAAAAUAUCACAGCACCUGAUAGCCAAUCCUCACCCAGUAUCACUUUCGAACGCGUGGACAUAUUUUCAGAUUUUACCGACCAGCAGCUGCGGGACCUCAAAUGUGAUGUUCUCGUUUCAAACCCGCCCUACAUCUCUCAUCAAAGCUUCAAGUACGAAACAACCAGAUCGGUACGUAAUUGGGAACCAAAACUAGCUCUGGUUCCGAGUAUCCCCCAAAAAGGGGGUUGUCUGCCACAAGAUGUCUUCUACGACCGUCUUCUACAUCUUCAUCUUAAAGUUUGUGGUUCGAGAAUACUCUUAAUGGAAGUUGGAGAUGAUGAACAGGCUAUUCGUGUGGCUCAACUAGCGAUAGGAAGACUUCGAGAAGACCUUGAUGCCAGUCGAGUUGUACAAAUUGAACUAUGGAGAGAUUCACCAGACUCUUUGCCACUAGACAACGAGCUACAAGAAUACGACUUAGACGGAUACAAUAUCAACGUCAGAGGUUCUGGAACACUAAGAGCUGUGGUGUUGGUCUCGUAG